CAUUUAACCAUUUUAUAUCACCGAGGAAACAAUAUGGCUUGAAAAUGGCGACGCAUGAGAAACUUUAUUAUUAAGUAUUUUAAAUAUUGUACCCUUAAAAUGGCUUCUGCAAAAGGGAAUCAAUGUGCAAGUCACACUCAAAAACAUUUAGCAAAUGAUGAGCUUUUAAGAACUAUUGAACAUGACAUAGAUUUUUUAAAUUAUAAUCAAUGGCAAAGAAAAGAAAAGAAAAUCCCUCAAGCAAACAGCCAAAAAGUAUUCACUGUUGGUACAGUAAAAAAUACAAAUGUUAACCACGAAGGACCUUCAAAACAAUUUCCUCGAACUCGAAGAGUCCAAGCUAGUCUUGAAGAAGAAAGGCAGCAACAAGAAGCUAGAUGUGAUGUUUUAAUGAGUAAAAUUAGGCAUGCACAGCAAACAACAGAUAUGUACAUAAAAAGAGAAAAAGAAUUAAUAGAAAUAAAUAUUCAAAUAGCCAAGGAAAUUGAAAGUAAGGAAGCUGAAACACAUGCUGAGGUGAAGAGAUUAUUGCGGAAAUAUGAAAAAUUUAGGGGAGGUAUUAACUUUUUGAAUACAAAUUUUGCAAAAGAACUUACAGAGGGGCAAAUGGAGCUGGAUGCUUCAAAAAUGAAUAUUAAACUUAAAUUGGAAGCACUAGAACAUCAGGUGGAUGAAAUGGACAAGAGACUUAAAAGUAAACAAAACCAUCUCAGUGUGCUACAAAGUUAUAAAGACAAAGAAUAUCCAGUGAAGGCCAUGAUAAUUGUUAAUCUUCAGGCAGAGUUGGAAGCAUUGAAAAAUUCUAAUCAGGAAGAUCUACAAGAGUUAGAGCACAUUAUCAACACUGAGCUAGGAAAGUAUGAAAAAGAUAGUGUACGCCGUUGCAAUGAAAUUACACGGAGAGUCACAAAUGAAUCUAUAGCUUUGAUGCAUCCCAGCCUUAAAGAUAUGGCUUUGCAAAAUUUGGUAAUGAAAAAGGAAAUAGAGUUUCAUAAAAAAGAACAAGAAGAACUGAGGGCUACCAAUCAACAACUACAAGAAGAAGUUGAGAGGCUGCUCAAAAAUCCUUUAUCAAAUCUCAGGCUUCAGUUGUUUCCUGAAUUCUUCCCAAAAACUUCAAAGUGUACCCCAGAUAUGGAUGUGGUUUUGGAUAUCCCAAAACAAGAAUGGUUGCCGAUUUAAUGUGCAUGUUACUUGUGAGGUUUGUUGAUGUACACUUUAUUGCUGGUUUUGUGUAACUUGCUCCAUAAAAUUUUGAAAUUUCAUCAGAACUAAAUGCAGAAACAAUUUUUCUGUCAGAUUAACCUCAUCUAUUGAUUACGAGACUACUUAUGAAUAUUAGUUUUACUUGUUAUUCCAACAUCUCAAAUUUUUCUUGACAACUGAAUGAGCAUUUUGAAAU